AUGGAUUCAUCAACGGAAGACCAAAUCAAAUCCCUCCUGGAUGAGGUAGAAACCCAAAAGUGGAUUCUUGAGGAUCUCAUGCAAUCAAGGCCCGAAGAUACCCACAGUGCAGAAGAGACGAAACUGCAGAUCGAACAGCUAGAAUCCGAGGUGAAUCGCCUGUUGGGAGCUGGCCCCUCGGUCACUUCUCCGAAUGCACCCCCUCAAGUUUCUUCGCCUUCUUUUAGGUUAAAUGGAGAUCCAGAUGCCUUGCCUGUGGUCCCACCCAGCUUGCAACCAACUCCACAUGGCGGAGCACAGGCGAACUCCAUGAUCACCGCUCCUUACUGGCCAUCUUCAGCUCCCUCGCCCUUUGAAUUUUCAUUGAAUCGUCAUUUUGAGAAUUCUUCUGAAGCAUCGCGCAAGAGACAACGUCAAGAUUCGAAUAGUUCCUCAACCCUGCUUCAAUCUUCGAAGCGAUCUGCCUUAGCAAAAUCAAAAGCCCGUCUGGACGAAAUCGAUGAAGAACUUGAGCGACAAUUGGCCGAAUAUCGUCAGGUCUGCGAUGAGAUGCGAGACCCCGAGAAUCUUCAAGCUAUUGCAUCGACCAAGGGCAUCACCAUUGCACAGGCUUUGGAGGAGCUUGACAAGGAAGAAAAGGAAGAGGAGGAGGCCAUUCGCAUAUCCAUCCAGAUGGACCGAGACGAAGAACUUGCUCGUAUGCUCGAAGCAGAGGAAAACGCUAGUGAUAGUGAUGAUCCAUUCAGUCCGGCACGAGUAUUCGAUAUCCCAGACAGAACCCUGACCGGUUCAUCUCCAUACGAUACGAUGCCCCGCCGUUAUCCUGUCCCUACACAGUUCGAUUAUCCUACAAUGCCCGGUGCUUAUCAUGGGUCUAUGAAGUUGGCCCAUCAUGGUCGCGAGUCUCACCUGUCCUUGGACUCUGAUGAUGAUAUCCAGGAAAUCAGUCGAGAUCACUUCCAGUCCCGUUUCCCAGGGCACUCUCAUUCUGGGCCUGACUCUUUUGGUCGAGGAUUUGGCCGCCCCUUCAUUCCUCCCUCCCUGACUGGUCGAACUUUACCAUGGAUGCAGAAUUUACCAGAGACGAAGGCUAUGGAUUUGAUCCGCGAAAAUGAGCUUGGUCUUGAUGAUGACGAAGACAUUGUUCGCUAUGAGGACCAGCACUUCCCGGAGGACAUCAAAAAUCUAAUCACUGGCAUCAAGGAUAUCCGUGAAGCUACUAAGGCAGAAAAAGAUGACACACCAAAAGGCCUCAAGGUGACCCUUAUGAAACAUCAAAAGGUCGGUGUUGCAUGGAUGAAAGCCAAAGAGGAUAGCAAUCACAAAGGGGGUAUCUUGGCAGAUGAUAUGGGUCUUGGAAAAACGAUUCAGGCCAUCGCUCUUAUGGUCGCCCGCCCACCGACCGACCCAGACCGUCAUCCAAGCCUGGUUGUCGCUCCUAAGGCAUUGAUGGAUCAGUGGAGACGGGAGAUUCAGAGGCAUGUUGAGCCAGGUAAGAGUCAGCUAUCGGUGUUCAUUUUCCACGAAAGGAACCGCCUGGUUCCCUGGCGAGAGUUGAAAACCUACGAUGUCAUCAUCACGACGUUCGGCACUUUGACCGCCAACCACAAGCUCCUGGUCAAUGCAAGGAAAUUGGCAGAGGAAGGCAAAGACGCCAGUCUAGUGAAUAGGCUCAAAGCACAGGCAACGCUGUUUACACCGCAAAGCAAAUGGCACCGAGUCUUUGUCGAUGAAGCCCAGAAUAUCAAGAACCCAUCGGCCAAGUCAACCAAGGCGUGCUGUGAACUGAAUGCUACCUUUCGCUGGUGUCUUACCGGAACACCUAUGAUGAAUCGACUCGAAGACUUUCAGUCUCUGCUCGGCUUCCUGCGCAUUCGACCUUAUAACAAUAAGGAUAAAUUUAGGCUGGAUUUCCCCGUAAGAGGGGGGUUUGUUCCGGAGCACAUAAUGCAACAACUACGUGUCUUAGUCAAAUCUGUUUGUUUCCGACGUACGAAGACUUCCAAGAUUGAUGGUCAACCAAUCCUGCAGCUGCCACCUAAAUUUAUCGAAAAGGUACAUGUGGUUUUCAGCGACUCGGAGAAGGAACUGUAUGAUACACUCGACUCGAAAACUCAGGCCCAGAUUACUAGGCUUCUCAAUGCAGGUGUCCUGGGAAAGAACUACAGUCAUGUCCUGGUUCUUCUCCUACGCCUCCGGCAAGCCUGCUGUCACCCCCAUCUCCUGACAAAGUCUGGUGCUUCGCAGCAAUCCAAAACUACAGAGUUGGAUUAUAUUGCUAAUGCGAAGCUCUUGAGUCCUCGAGUUGUCGAUCGUAUCAAGAGUAACGACAGCGAGUACGACGGAACCUGUCCGAUUUGCAUGGAUACGCUUGAGAAUACCAUUAUCUAUAUUCCCUGCGGGCACUCCGUAUGUUCUGAAUGCUAUGCGCAGAUUUCCGAUCCUGCAUUCCUUGAAAGACAGGAAAAGGACCCCGGUGUUUUAAAGUGUCAGAACUGCAGGGGUGUAGUUGACCAGUCCAAGAUCACAAAUGGGGAAUCCUUCAGAAAGGUUCACGAUCCAGACGCCGAGUCCAACACUGACUCGCGCCAGCAAGACGAUGAUCAAUCAGAUGAUAGUGAAACAUUGUCGGAUUCAGACACUGAAACGGAUGGAUCCACCGGCAAGCGGAAGACCAAAUCUCUCGCUCAACUGCGCCAGGAAGCUCAGAAGAGCAAACGUGCCAAGCAGAAAUACCUACGCCGCCUGGAGAAAACUUGGAUCCCAAGCGCCAAGAUUGAGAAAAGCCUAGAGAUUCUCGCAGCCAAUGAGCAGCGCGGCAAGGGCGAGAAAACUAUUAUUUUCAGCCAGUUCACGUCACUCCUCGAUCUUCUCGAGGUGCCUAUUGACCGUCGCGGGUGGAAGUAUGUGCGCUUCGAUGGCAGCAUGGGUGUCGCCGAGCGUAAUGCCUCUGUGGCGGGUUUCACGGACGACCCUGAGAUCAAGGUAAUGCUUGUCUCACUGAAGGCGGGCAAUUCAGGCCUGAACCUUGUGGCUGCUUCUCAUGUUAUUCUCUUUGACCCAUUCUGGAACCCAUAUGUUGAGGACCAAGCUAUUGACCGCGCUCAUCGCAUUGGCCAAAACAAAGAAGUCUUCGUGCACCGCCUGCUUAUUGAGGGGACUGUCGAAGACCGCAUCGUUAAUCUCCAGGAUCAGAAACGCGAACUGAUCAGUGGCGCUUUUGAUGAAGGUGGCACGAUGAACGUGUCUCGUCUGAAUAUCCAGGAACUGGCUUAUCUUUUCGGCGUUCGCACAUAG